GAUUUCUCUGAAAAUUCAAAAAAGAGGUUUUACCAGUAAUAGACUCCAAAAACAGCACAGGGAUUCUCUCUUCUGGUCUCUAUAAAAUGCGAAAAGCAUCUUCACGAGGGUGACACUUGCCAAAGAAGAAAAUAAUCUCAAUCUCCAUCCACAAGUUUCCCCGAACCCUCAUUUCCUUCAACAAAGUCAACAGGUUUUUCCUACGGUGGCUAGAACACUAAAAGAUGGUUGCGGUCGUGGAGUCUAAUGCGAAUUCAAACAUCGUGGGUCAGUUAAAUUCAGGAUUUAAUGAGAGUAAUAUUUUAAAUGGAAAUGGAACUAUUUCAAGAACCAACAGUGGUUGUGGCUAUGUGUCUUCAACGAGUUCAGCAAUGACUGAUGAGCCUUGUGUUUCUUGCACUACUUUUAACAUCCUGGCUCCUAUCUACAAGCGACUUGAUCAAAAGAAUCAAAGUGUUCGUGAAAGCAAUUUCAGAGCAGUUUGGCUCUCUAGAAACCAGAAGAUUUUGAAUUGGUUGCUUCACGAGAGAUCUUCAAUUAUAUGUCUCCAGGAAUUCUGGGUUGGAAAUGAAGAACUUGUGCAUAUGUACCAGCAGAGACUUGGUGAUGCUGGCUAUGUGACUUUCCAGCUUGCACGAACCAAUAACCGGGGAGAUGGCCUGCUAACUGCUGUGCGUAAGGACUGCUUUACGGUUCUAAAUUGUCGAGAGUUGCUCUUCCAUGACUGUGGAGACCGUGUUGCUCAGUUACUGCAUGUCCAAUCAGCGCUUCCCUUUUCACAAAACUGGAAAGGCACUGCUCAGCAAGAAUUUCUUAUUGUCAACACUCACUUAUUAUUUCCUCACGAUUCCUGUCUGUCUGUAGUUAGACUGGAUCAGGUUUACAAAAUACUACAAUUUGUGGAACAAUAUCAGAGAGAAAACAAACUCAACCUUAUGCCAAUCCUGCUCUGUGGUGAUUGGAAUGGAAGCAAGAGUGGACAUGUUUACAAAUUCCUGAGGUCUCAGGGGUUUGUAUCUUCAUAUGACAUUGCCCAUCAAUACACUGACAGCUAUGCAGAUGCUCACAGGUGGGUUAGCCACCGAAAUCAUAGGGGUAACAUCUGUGGUGUUGACUUCAUAUGGCUGUGUAAUUCUAUUAAAUCAAGGAAACCAUUGAAGAAAAGUUGGUCUGAAGCAGUAUUUGGAAUAAUAAAGUGUCAGCUCCAAAAAGCUUCGUUGGUUGAAAAUGAUGCAUUUGCAUUUCUAAAGGCUGACAACCAUGGCAAUUUUAUAACAUAUUCAGCUUUCUGUGAAGCACUCCGCCAGGUAAAUUUAAUUGGUCUUCCUUAUGGACUCAGUUCCCAGGAGACACAAGAUUUGUGGAUGCAAGCUGACAUUAAUGGAAAUGGAGUUGUUGGAUUUGAAGAAUUUAAGAGGAGGAUAUGGAAUUCAGAAUGCUCAGAGCCAAGAGAGGAAAACUGCAGUGAGAGGACAGGGGACUCUGAACAGGGCUUAGAGGAAGAAGCCAUUGGUUUCAAUGUAAAGAAAGCAGUUCUAUUCCCUCGAGAAGCUGAGAAAGGAAGGUGGCCAGAAAAUUAUUCCCUCUCAGAUCAUGCUCCACUCACCGUGGUGUUUUCUCCAGUAAGAAUCCAGGGAUCCCAGCGUGACACGUUUGUAGAUAAAACCGGCUCAGAAAAAUAAAGGGGUAGAUAAGAGAGUGAAGCGUGUAAAUCAGAAAUAACUGUCUAUAGUGAUCCACAUCCCUGGGAAUAACUAGUUCCCUUGGCCAAAAUUUUCAGGCAAAGAGAGAACUAUGCAUCCCAGAUUAUCUUUGUUUUGUAAUGUGAAACGCCAAAUCAGAACCAUUCCAAAUGUUGAUAAAUCUGUUCAUCAAUUUUCUAAAGAACUGUCUUUUCCGUCA